AUGGCUAAUGUAACCACUCGAUUUUUUGCUGACGUUUCUUCAUGUGUGAAAUUACAACGUGCAUGUGAUAUCGUCAGUACGCUAAACGACAGAAUUGAUAUUUCGCUUGAUAGUGCGCGGCAAGUACGAGAAGGUUUGGAAAUUAUUGAAGAUUGGUUUUCCAAAUAUCAUACAAAUUACACACGUUUCCUACGUUUGGCAGUUCCAAACGAACAGUAUUAUUCACUGGAUCACAAAUACAUUGAUUCGUCGUAUGAUGUUUUGAUUCAGUACAUCGUUUGCGGUUUCGGGAACUUAAUAAAAUGCAUGGAAAAGCAUGAGCAAAGAGGUUUGACUCAAGACUUUUCUGUGCAAAAAAUUCAUUGUGGUUAUAAAGCUAUAAUAAUAUUUCGUGAUCAGUACUUAUCUGUUCUUUUGCAGUUCAUUAUUACCACUAUAUAUGGUAAGGAAAUAAUCAGUGGAAAGAAAAAUUAUCCUCUUCAAGCCAAUAAUAAUCCAUUCACACAAAAGAAUAAUAAAGAAAUAUCUAAUUUAUUUGAAAAUGAGGAAAAAUCUUUUUCACUUAUUGAUGAUAACAAAAAAUCAUUCACAUGUUCACGUUCUUUUUCCAUCGUUGACGAUAAUAAGAGUGAUAACGAAAUUAAUAAAAGUAAUGAAUUGGAAAGCGAUUUGAUAGAAGAUAGGGGGAAUAUUAAUGAAUUAGAACCAACUAAAAUUGAUGAACGAUCGCUACCUCUUUUUUUUUUUGAUAACAUCGAAACCGGCGAUGAGAUUUCACCUCAAAACGAGAAUAACUUUGGUAUUUUGUAUCCUUCGAUGUUCGCGAAUCAAAGCAUUAUGGUUAUACGUCAAGCUUGGGAUGCAUAUAUAAAAACACUUGAACAAAAGGUUAGAAUUUCUGAUAUAUAA